UCCUUUCACGCUCCCAUUUGCCCAUUUUUCCCAACUGCAGCAGUAAGCAGUUGCCUUCGCUUCGAAUCUUCCGGAACGGUAACAUUUACAGGCACCGGAUCGAUCCACCACCACUCCUCCGCUGCUUUCCGCCGCCCUCCGAUCCUCCGUCUAAUAAUUUCAAAAGUAGGGUUCUUCUUAUAUAUGGAAAUCUCCAAUGGUUAUCUGAACAAAUCUCAUCAUAACGCCUCAUUUGCUGCUUCUUCUCAGCGUGACGUCACUUACAGAUGCGGGUCUUGCGGAUACGACUUGAACCUAAGUUCAUCCGCACGCAAUACGGCAACAAUCGGUUCAAAAUACGGUAAAUCCAUAAAAACAGGAAAAAUAUCAUUCUUCUCAAUCGAUGAAAGUAGAUUCACUCAAGUAGAAGAGUUCAAAUGCGUACCAUACUUCAUCUCAAAACACUUUUGGGGUCUAUUCCGUAAAAAAACCAAACUUAUGUGCCGAAAAUGUAAUAAUCACAUUGGUAAUGCUUAUGAUGACACUACCUCAUCAUACCCCCUUGUAGCAGAUGGAUCAGAUUCGGCCUCGGGGAGUGAAAUUUCUUCAUACAGAAAAUAUGAUGUUAGAAUCCGAGCUGUGCAACCGUCUUCAUCAAUGGAAGCUGGUCUUUCACUUGUCAUGUGAUGAUAGUAGUUUCAUAUCAAUCAAUAUCAUGGGAGUUGUUUCGUGGGUUAGUUGAUUGUAGAGCUUCAUAUGUCCAAUAGUAUAUAUAUUUAUAUAUAAAUACACAUGUAUUAUUAAUAUUAUUAUUUUGUUUGUGAGCCUUUCUUUACUCUAAACGUGUAAAAGGUUAAUGUGUAAGUUUUGAAUCAUGCAAAAAACGUUUCAUUCUCUUGUCA